AUGUUUGGCUGGGGUGCUGGGCUGGCCGGAGAAGGAACGAAAACCCCCGCGGACCCGACACCACUCGAUUUCCCGGUGUAUAACCUCCCCAAUGUCGCCUCCAAUGAAUCCGACUCGAGGCUUACGGAGAUGUCCGAUCUCCUCGCCGAUAUCAAGCGCCCGCAGGACAUCACCAUGGAACGCUUCAGACCCUUGAAUCUACAGAUGGACACAGACGUGCCAGUCAGCCGCAUGAUCCCCGAAGACACCUCACACCCUACGGCCCCGCUGCCAUGGGAAGAUACCUCAGAGCCAACGGAAGACAACCCCAGACCUCUGAUGGGGAAUGGGGCGCCGUAUCCCCACAAGGAACGGUACGAGACUCUGCGGGGUGAGAUGGAACUCGACAACGACGAUACUUUCCGCGAGGUGGCUCGGCUGCAGCCGCGCCCCGGUCGUAGUCGAGUCCGCGUUACGCAGUCGAGGAAGUUCUGGACGGGAUUGGAGCGCAUGGCUCAAUACUGGGAUACCAGCUUAGACCAUUACUACGAGCGCCCGGCAAGCCCCGAGGCCACACCACCGUCCGAGGAGGAACAGGCAAACGAUACCAUGUCGGUGGACGAGGAGCUUAAGAUUCCAGACGGCCCUGGCGAUGCAAUGGAUGUGGACGAGGCACGCACACUUACACCGGUCGACGAUGCGGAAGAGGCGCGGCCUGCGCCUGCGGUGACCAUGUACACCGGUCGACGAAUCGGCAAUGGCAGCGAGAUGCCCGAUGAUACUCGGGACGAAACUGUUCGUGCCUUCGUCGAGAUGGCUGCAUGGCCCUUCGGAUGUCAAGUGACCGUGCCAACGCUGGCGCCCCGAUUGACUACCAAAAACCUCUUGUUCCCAGUCCGGCAGACGUUCCAGUCGUCACGGUCGCCGCGUGACCGCCAGCUGGCUCGCAGCGGUAUGCUCGAGGGGCCCGUUCUGAUCUCGCAGUGUCGACCCGAGACCUCUUUCCGAAAUGCCAACGACGCACCAGGCACCGGCCUGGGCGAAGUGUGUGAUCUCUUCCGCGAGGUGGGCGGUAUGCUUCUUGCGGCGCAAGAACGAGCCCGCGAAGGUGCCAUUGAGCGCCAGCCUGGUGAGGGCAAAUGGUGGACCACGGCUCCUCGCUUUGGAGGUGCACCCAACGAUGGCAUCCUGGAAGAUCUCAUCAACAACGGACACGGGAUGUCCCUGCCUGACUCGAUGAUGGAAGAAGCCCGCCCAGCCCCGGAGGCGAAGCGUCGCCAAUUUGAGCACCCAUUCGUCACUUCGCUGUCCCGGCGGCCCAGCGCCAUGCGCAGACUCACCAGCAGUGAGAAAUGGAAGAUCCUGCAGCCCGGUCCAAGUCUGUGGGACAAACGCAUGAGCUAUAUGCAGAUAGGCAAGGUUCAAGAGUGUCCCUUUGACGAUAUUUACAUGAUCUCCUCGAUCAACCACCACGUCGCAAUCCUCCAUCUUCGCGUCCACCGACGAUACCUCGAUAUCCUGACCGACGGCCACAGCAGCUAUCCCGCGGACUCUGGCUCGGACGAACAGCCAUGGCACGUUCUGAAGCUGCAGCGGACCCGGUGGCUGGAUCUGUUCGAUGCGAACGAUCGUAUAGAAGCGCUGAGAGGUAUCUGGCAGCUGUUCCACCACCAGCUUCGACUGACGCGUCGUGAAGGCGAUGUCCCCGUUGCGAUAGAACUUCCUAUAGAGCAUCUUCCUAUAGAGAUUUGA